GGAGCCUUUCUGUAGAUGAGUUGCGUGGUCUGAUCGGUGGUGGCGUAUUUCAGUUGUCUGGACCGGAUGACAUAGAACAGCUAUUAUCCUGGAUGGAUAUAAACCAGGACGGAAAUGUGUCUUUCGAAGAGUUCUUGAAUGUGGCCCUGGAAUAUGGGCAGAUUAGCAGCCGUGCUGAAAGCGAUGAAGCAAGCACGAGCUUCUGGGCCGGCCUUGGUUUACGUGGUUGGGGUUCGGGCGCGACUGCAGCCUCAAUAGGCGCCAGCCGCAGCUUCCAAAAGCCUCGCGGGCCUCAAGGGCCUCAAGGGCCUGAAGGGCCAGGGCCAUUGACGAGUCAGCUCUCCCAAGGUCCAAGGAUGGAAGCGAACGGAGGGCAAUCCUUUCCGAAGCAGCCGAACCCUUCGGCACAAGACCCACGGGUUUGGAAGUUGCGCGUCGGCAUUUUGAGCGCAGAAGGUGCUCCUUUCAUCGACCCCAUGCAAUUCCAUUCGGCCUACGUGAUAUGCUCCUUAUGCGGCGAAGACCCACAGUCUGAUGCGGUGGAGCUGUUUCGAACCCACAAUGUUAGCUACACCGGGCAAGCAAGUUGGAAUAUCGAAGAAGACCUCUUGGAUUACCAGCCUCCAGAUGGUUUGGAGCUAUCAAUCGUUUGUCAGGGUUCAGGGAAGCCUGAUUGGUUGUUGGGAAGCGCUCGGCUUCAGCAUCGACAGUUCUUCCCUUUGGGCUGCAACACUCGUCUCACCUUGGUCCGUGGUGGCGAAGGUAUCCAAGGUACACUGUGGGUCAAGAUCUUGGUUAUGGAAGACAAUGGCACGCCAGUAUCUGAAGGUCCUUUGCAAGAUCCGUCGUCUGCUCAAUGGGUUGGAGGCAAAGUGCCAAAUGCUCCAAAUGCUGGAAUUGUCAAGACAAACGGGGACGGCAACAAGUUGAAUCCCGGAAUCCAAGUCACGUGGGGCAAGCACUGGGUUGAAAAUCGCCCGCCAGUGGUCACAGCGAUCCGAUCCCAGAUCGUCCCUCCUCCGAUCCAAUGCCAAUGCAGGCAGUGCCUCAGCAGGUGUAUCCCUAUCCUGGACAAAGAGUCCCUAUGGUUGCGGUGCCGAUGCAAGCGAUGCAAGCGAUGCCAGCCAGGUAUGGUUGAAGAAGCUCUUGGGAGGCCAUUCCUUGUGGAGGAGGACUCUGUGUUUUCAGCUUUCUGAGGCACAAAGGUGUCAAGCUGUGCGAAGCACAACUGUAAGGAUAGUUGAGGAACAGAUUCCACUCAGCGCCGAGCCCACAGCACCAUUUGUUCUUGUGCUGUAGCACACUUUCUGUAGCAGCACUGGCAAAG